AGUUUUAAACUAUUUUCACAACUACAAUUAAAUACAUUUAUUGAGAAUUGGUAGUAUGGGUCGAGACAGAAGGGACAGCUCACGUGACAGGCGCGGCAGUCGCUACGGAGGAGGAGGCGGCGGUGGCGGCGGCGGCGGAGGGUACGGUUCCUACUCCAGCAGCUAUAUGGAGACACGGUUCAAUGAAGAGCGGAUUGUGUGGAUUGGUGGUUUGAGACGCGACACCGAAGUGAGGGCAGUCUACGACAUCUUCAAGAGAUACGGAACUAUUGAUAACAUCCUCAUUGACUCUGCUACAACUGCAGCCUGGAUUUUCUACUCUAACUCCAGAGACGCUCGCGAGGCUGUCAGGUGCAUGGACCGACGAGAAUUCAACCGUUACACCAUCGCUGUUGCUUUCUCCCAGUGGAAACCCAAUAAAACCCCCAAAUUUCUAGAGUUGACUGAUAAAGACCGAAGAAGAAGACGGCAUUCCACAUCUUCCUCUGAAGAUAGGUCACGAGGAAGGAAGAAGAAGGCUCGCAACGAUUCGUCGUCAUCAUCAGAUGGGUCUUCAUCGGACGGAAGUAAGAAGAGGAAAUCAAAGAAGACCAAAAGGACGAAGAGACAUUCUUCCUCAUCCGACAGUUCCGCCUCCCCUGUAAAACGGAAGAAUUUGGCAAAGAAGGAAGAUUCGCCAGACAAAACAGUUGAAUCUCCGAAGAAGAAAGAAGAGAAAUCUGGGUCGGAGUCUGAUCGUUCAGCUUCACCCGCCAAAUCUCCUGAACCAAAAAAGGAAUCACCAAAAAAGAAAUCGAGGAGUAGAUCAGGAAGUGCGAGUAGUGCAGCAAGUGCAAAGUCAGCUUCUCCACCACCAAAGAAGGCUUCCAAAUCUCGGGAUUCGAGCUCUGCUUCUGAAAAAUCCCCUGAACGACCAGCUAAAAGAGAAAGCAAGUCCAGCUCAAGAUCACCGUCUCCUAAAAAAUCGCCCGUGAACGAAAAAUCGCCAACUCCUGAACCACCCAAAGAAAGCGAAAGGUACUCCCCUGGCAACAGUGAAUCUGAAACAGAAGCUCCUCCUCCCCCUUCCAAAAAGGAACAAACUCCAGAGCAUUCAGAUGGAUCAGAAGGUGACUUCAGAACCAUGAAGCACAUCAAGAGUAAGAAAGACAAAGGAAAGAAAGAAAGCAAGAAGGAUAAAGAGGAAGAGAAAGCUAAGUCUGAGUCCGAGAAGGAGGAAGAGGAAAGAAGCUCGCCCAAACAAGAGAGGAAGUACAGGAAGAAGUCAACCUCCCCAGACCCUGUGAAGCACAAGAAGGAUAAGAAGAAGAAGAAGAAAAACAAGAAGGAUAAACACCGAUCAAGAUCCAUAACACCACAAAAAGAGCCAGAACCCGACAAGUCGACUCCAAAAAUGAGUCCCGAAAAGGGCGAUACUACACCGAAAGUUCACAGUCCAUCACAGUCCCCUACAAAAUCGGAUAUGGAUGACAACUCUGCACAUAAAGGAGAAGAUACCAAGGGAGCAGAUUCUCGAAGAUCACGCAGUGCUGAAUCAGGCUCUCCCAAGAAACGUGCGGGUUCCGACAGCAGGUCCAAGUCCCCGAAGAGAUCUGCUUCUCCAAAAAGGUCUGCAUCUCCCAAGAGAAAGAGUUCACCUUCCCCAAGAAGAAGGUCCUCUCCAAAGAAGAGAUCCAGGAGCCCCGAUCGUAAACGAAGAGAUUCUAGGGAAAGAUACGGCCGAAGAUCAGGAAGAUCCGGAAGGAGUAGAUCCGGUGGACGAAGAAGUCGAUCCCGUGGUAGAUCCAGCACCUCUCCUCGACGACGGUCCAGACGUUAAAUGUGCUUAGUUCAAUAUAAAUCCGGACUGUUAUUUUAAUCGGCUAGUAGUCUAAGCAAACGGACGAUGACCCUCAUCUGCUGAAAGCAUUCUGUGUCUGCAUAAAUAAAUACUCCAUAGUUUCCCUAUUUAUUUUUACGUUUGACCGUUAAAUAUUUUUAACCAAUGAUUGUAUUCGUUGGUAGGUGUUUUUUGGGCUAGACUUAGUGUUUUUGACCAAGAGAAAAAAUUUUACAAGUAUUUUGUCAGGCCCGUGGACACCUUAGUUUUGGCGACCGCCGAGAUAUUUAUUAAAUUUUACAACCCUUUGCCACAUCCCCCAUAUUUUCUUUACAUGUAUUUUUA